AAUAAGGCAAUGGAUUAAUCCAUUUGAUAAUAUGCUUGAGUCUGAUUUAGUUUUAAAUUAUAUAUUUAUCCCUUUGGAAAUUGUUCUGAAUAAGUUCUUAUUUGGCAAAUUUCAUUUACACAGUCCUGAAUAUCCAACUCAAUGUUCUUAUGAACGAAAAAAAUUAUAUCAUCAUCCUCCUUUUGCAGAAUGGCCAAAGAAUCUGAAGGAAGCAGUAAAUUUAUUUGAGAAGCCCGAAGAUGAACAUUUUGAUGCUAAUGAUUCUGUUCUAGAAACA